AUGGCAACCCUCGAUUCACCCAUCCUAGUCCAGCUUCCAUCCGAACGCCACAUCUACGAGACAGUUGUCUAUGAGUCUCCUCAUAACACAUCUUCGACGACAUCCCAUAAUGAUGUCCCUCACGGCCAAGAUCCCUUUGCCACUGCCAAAGCAUCAGAAACCCACAACGAAAAUGUGCAUCGUCGCUGGAGACCGCGUUAUCACCUUAUGCCGCCAACUGGCUGGCUAAAUGACCCUUGUGCACCAGGCUAUGAUGGAGUCCAUGAUAUUUAUCACGUUGGAUUCCAGUGGAACCCCAAGAAACCAGAAUGGGGCGACAUUUCAUGGGGAAGUGCACUUUCAAAGGACCUGAUAACCUGGGAGGUCAGUGGUAGUCCAUCUAUUCGACCAUCAAAGAAGCAUGAUGGAGAAGAGGGGGUCUUUACAGGAUGUUGGAGUCCAGUUCCCUCAGCACCCGGCCGAAGCACUGCAUUCUAUACCUCAGCGCGGAGGCUGCCAAUACAUCAUACAAUUCCCUACAACUGGGGUUCUGAAGCAAUUUGCAUUGCCACAUCAGACGACGCUGGUCGUACGUGGCAAAGGGGAGAUGCACUGACUGUUCUGGAUGGCCCUCCUCGUCACCUCGAUGUUACGGGCUGGCGUGAUCCAUACGUUGCUAAGUGGCCUUCGCUCAGCCGGCUUCUAGGACAUGGGUCAGAUAAAUCGCUGUUUGGCAUCGUUUCUGGUGGCAUUCGCGGUAUUGGCCCUGCCAUAUUUGUCUACUCUCUUGAACAGUACGAUUUGGCGGCCUGGAACUUCCUCUCUGUGCUGACUAUAACACCAACGCCUCAAAGGCAAUAUCCUUCGCAAUGGGAGCCCGACUAUGGUGCAAAUUGGGAAGUGGCCAACUUCCUUUCACUCCCUGACCCUGAUGAUCCAACGAUAAGUCAUGAGGUGCUGAUGAUUGGCGUUGAGGGGCGUAAGCAACUUGACACUAAGCCUGCUGGGCGGCAUCGCCAUUCAGAGUUCAGAAGGGAUCACGGCCAGAUGUGGGUUUCGGGCCCUUUGGUGCACACUUCAACAGGGAUACAGAUGCAGUUCCGUUCUGGCGGUGUUCUGGACUACGGAGCAAUUUAUGCUGUCAACUCCUUCCACGAUCCAAGAUCCAACCAGCAAGUUGCGUUUGGCUGGAUUGUUGAGGAAGAUCUCUCUGCAGAGCUGAAGAGGGCUCAAGGAUGGGCCGGACUGUUAUCGGUCCCGAGAAUCGUCCGAUUGAGAAGAAUACGUCAUGUUGUCAAGGCAUUAAAGUCAGAUCUCACAUCCAUCAAGUCGUUUGACGUGGUGCCAGAAGACAAGCCGUGGCAGAAGUCAUUGUCCCCGACCAAUUCUCCUCAGGCAUAUACGGUUACGGCAGUGUGUGCUUUGCCAGACCCUAGACUCAACAAGCUUCGACAAAGUCAGCGGUUCAUGGGUCCCAUAGCAUAUCAUACCUUGCCUGAGGUUCUGGGAAGCUUGGAGUUCCCUCUCGGAUGCUCCUGCUGGGAGCUCAACGUAUCUUUCGAUAUUGGCGAUGAUGUGCAGAGUAUUGGCUUCGUAAUAGGCCAUACAAAAGAUUCAGAACUACGUAACGUUGUCUCGUUUAGUCCUGACUUGGAGAUGCUCAAAAUUACGCGAGCUAAAUCCACCAAUAUGACAGGCGUAUGCGUAGCGGAUGAAGAGGCACCACAUACCCUCUUUUCGACCUUGUCUCCCGGAACGGCUGCAAGAGCUGAGCAAUCUCUGUCGCAGGAGCCCUUGCGACUCCAUGCAUUUUUUGACGUGAGUUGUCUAGAGCUUUUCGCCAAUGAAAGAACGGCAAUUACUACGCGAGUCUACCCGGAAAGUAUGACCUGCUAUAACAUUCAGCCGUUUGUGGUAAAGAAGAGUGAACGCCCGUGGUCGGGUCAGUUGCUUGAGUGUACAGCGUGGGAGCUAAAGACUUCGUGUUACGAGGGUUAA